GUCAGAGCUAGGGACCAUGCCGUUCCAGGUUCAAGGAUAAAACCCAUCAGGCCCAAGUGCCAUCAUCUUCUCCUUCCAGAGUCUUCCUCCAUAAUUGGGAGUCAUCCUGGCUGAAAAGCUCAGUUUAACAGCAAGGGAACAAAAAGCUAUGCUAUCACAUACUGCCAUGGCGAAGCCGCGGAAACAGCAAGCAUCAGCUCUCAUGAAGGAAAUCCAUGGAAAUGAUAUAGAUGGCAUGGACCUGGGCAAAAAGGUCAGCAUCCCCAGAGACAUCAUGUUGGAAGAAUUGUCCCACCUCAGUAACCGGGGUGCCAGGUUGUUCAAGAUGCGUCAAAGAAGAUCUGACAAAUACACCUUUGAAAAUUUCCAGUACGAAUCUAAAGCACAAAUAAAUCACAACAUUGCUAUGCAGAAUGGGAAAAUGGAUGGAAGCAACCUGGACGGUGGCUCACAGCAAGCCCCCUUAACUCCUCCCAACACCCCAGAUCCACGAAGCCCUCCAAAUCCAGAGAACAUUGCACCAGGCUAUUCUGGACCACUGAAGGAAAUUCCUCCUGAAAGAUUCAACACCACGGCUGUCCCUAAGUACUACCAGUCUCCCUGGGAGCAGGCCAUUGGCGAUGACCCAGAACUCGUAGAGGCUUUGUAUCCUAAACUUUUCAAGCCUGAAGGAAAGGCAGAACUGCCUGAUUACAGGAGCUUUAACAGAGUUGCCACUCCAUUCGGAGGUUUUGAAAAAGCAUCAAAAAUGGUUAAAUUCAAAGUUCCAGAUUUUGAGCUACUCCUGCUAACAGACCCCAGGUUCAUGGCCUUUGCCAACCCUCUUUCAGGCAGACGGUCCUUUAACAGGACUCCAAAGGGAUGGAUAUCUGAGAAUAUUCCUGUAGUGAUAACAACUGAACCUGCAGAGGACACCACUGUGCCGGAGUCAGACGACCUAUAAGAAGAACGGUGGACAGGCCGCAGAAAGCUCUGAAUAGAAAGUUGCUCUUAUUCUACCUAUUGGCAAAGCCACUAAGUUGUUCAAUAGUAUAAUAAUUUAAUAGCAAUUAAGUGACUUUCAUUUUGUGGCAUUUAACUUGAAUCUCAGCUCAAAUACUAAUGCACAAUUAAAUUCUUAUUUUGAAA